AUGCUGUUGCUGUUCUGCAGAUGCAAAGUCGAAUGGCAAAGCUUGUUCCAGCCUUUGUCUGUGACGACUUUCAUGGCAAAGUUAUGGCCUCCUAGUUUGGUUGCCGAGGCUGAAGAAGACGAGGAGUGGCGUCAUGUUGCUCAGGAUUUCACGUUAGCAUUCUCCGGCACUAUUCUGGCGCAGCGCGCUGUGAACUCACGCUAUCUACAUACAUCAUUACUCAACAAUUCGAUCAUUGCCGCGUGCGACAAUCAGCCCCUCUACGACUUUGCUGAUUUUUAA